AUGCGCACUCUCGCUCCUCUUUUCUCGGAAGUGCAUAAGACCAAACGCACCAUGGCAGACCCUGAUCUUGACUUCACCACUGGAGAGUCUGGCGCCUCCGCCACCUACCCCCAGCAGUGCUCUGCUCUGCGCAAAAACGGCUUUGUGGUGCUCAAGGGCCGUCCCUGCAAAAUCGUGGAGAUGUCCACCUCCAAGACCGGCAAGCACGGACACGCUAAGGUGAACAUGGUUGGUAUUGACAUCUUCACCAACAAGAAGUAUGAAGAUAUGUGCCCCUCCACCCACAACAUGGACGUCCCCAACAUCAAGAGAAACGAUUACCAGGUGGUGAACAUCAACGAGGGCUUCAUGUCCCUGAUGAGCGACAGCGGUGACAUCAGAGAGGACCUGCGCGUCCCCGACAACGACAUCGGAAGAGAAAUCGAAUCAAAGUUCAACAACAACGAGGAGUUCAUGGUCACCGUUAUCUGUGCCAUGGGGGAGGAAUGCGCCAUCGCCACUAAGGUUCUGGCCAGCGGCAACAAAUAA